CUGUCAUAUAAGCUUAACAAAUUCUAAUAAAUUCAUAACAUAUUCAGAUUUAUUUAAAGAAAAAUAAUUUUGCCAUAUUUAAUUUAUUCUAUGUCGUUGGUGCCAAAAAGUAGUCAGGUCUAAAGAUUAAUUCCUCAUUAUGGUACCUUCAUACAAGAUUAUGUUUCUUUUCUUCUUUUUUUAGUAUUUCAAUCAAAUUGAUGUUUGCUUAAACUCUUUUCUAAUUUCAAAAUUUUCCUGCUUUUUAUUUUUUUGGGUUCUCAUACCUUAUCUGAUUUUCCAUUAUUUCCGUCUUUUUUUCUCUUUUAUCAUCCAGAGCUGAGAGCUCGAAAAAACUUACUUUCUGCAUUUUCCCCCUUUUCUUUUGGGUUUGGAAUUUGGAUUUAAGGUGUGAUGGAAAAUUUGGAGAAAAAUAAAAGUAAAGCGUUGUGAAAAUUCUGAUAAAUUAAAGAAUUUUAAACUAACACGUAAAGAAAAAAGAAAAAAAAAAGAAGAAGAAAGAAAUGGAUCCGUCGAAGAAAGUGGCGGAUAGGUAUUUGAAGCGCGAGAUUCUUGGUGAAGGUACUUACGGUGUUGUCUACAAAGCCAUUGAUACUAAGACAGGACAGACGGUUGCAAUUAAGAAAAUUCGGCUGGGGAAGCAAAAGGAAGGGGUGAAUUUUACUGCACUCAGAGAAAUUAAACUUCUUAAGGAGCUUAAAGAUCCAAAUAUAAUUGCUUUAAUAGAUGCAUUCCCACACAAGGGUAAUUUGCAUCUUGUGUUCGAGUUCAUGGAGACUGACCUUGAAGCUGUUAUCCGAGAUCGUAAUAUAUUCCUCUCACCAGCUGAUAUCAAAUCUUACAUUCAGAUGACUUUGAAAGGGCUUGCUUUUUGCCACAAGAAAUGGGUUUUACACAGGGAUAUGAAGCCGAAUAAUUUGCUAAUAGGAUCCAACGGACAACUUAAACUUGCAGAUUUUGGUUUAGCACGCAUAUUUGGCAGCCCAGAUCGUAAGUUUACUCACCAGGUCUUUGCUCGAUGGUACAGAGCUCCUGAGUUACUUUUCGGUACCAAGCAAUAUGCUGCUGGUGUGGAUGUUUGGGCAGCUGCCUGUAUAUUUGCUGAACUUCUCCUCCGUCGACCAUUUCUGCAGGGUACAAGUGACAUCGAUCAGUUAGGAAAGAUCUUUGCAGCUUUUGGGACACCAACGCCCUCUCAGUGGCCAGAUAUGGUAUACCUGCCUGAUUAUGUAGAAUACCAAUAUGUUCCUGCACCAGCUUUGCGUUCAUUGUUUCCAAUGGCCAGUGAUGAUGCUUUAGAUCUUUUAUCAAAGAUGUUUACUUAUGACCCAAAAGCUAGGAUUACGGUGCAGCAAGCAUUAGAGCACAGGUAUUUUUCAUCUGCUCCUCUACCUACAGAUCCAGCUAAGCUCCCUAGGCCUACCCCUAAAUCUCGUCCAUCAGAUUUUAAUCCCCAGGAAGGUCCUACUGUGCUUUCUCCCCCACGAAAAUCUAGGAGAGUAAUGCCAGAUCGUGACAGAUUUGAAGGUAAUUCCAACCAAGUGGAGAAGAUUGAUGACCAUGUUGGUGAAGCAAGACCGGCAGUUGGUGACCAUGCAGGAAAGAGUGACCAGGUGCCAAUGUCAGUAGAUUUUUCAAUCUUUGGGUCGAAACCUCUCAGUAGACCGACAAUUAACAGUGCUGACAGAUCUCAUCUGAAGAGGAAACUUGAUCUCGAAUUCCAACACAAUGAUUAAGUAAUAUACAUACGUAUUUGUAUCCAGUCCAAGAAUCUUUUGUGGUGACGUGUUUGGGCAGCCUGGAUAUGUAUGAGCUAACUAUAUGUUUCAGUUGGUGUGAGUGAAGAGUAGCAAGCCAGUGGCAACAGGAGGCGAUAAACCAUGGGGUUAUUAGUUUAAAAUCUUGGGUUAUUUGUUAGCGUUAACUUCACAAUAUUGAAGGCAAUUCUAUUCUAUUUUUACAUUUCUCCGAGUGAAGUUGAGGACUGAAGACGGAUAUUGUAUUGCAGUUGCUUUAGGAUUCUGUUUUUUAUUAA